CUCGCUUCCAGCCAGCCCAAAGCACCAUGUCGGCAGUCUCCCGCAAGGCCAUCAACCUCGCGCCCACGGCCCUCGUCCGCCCGACGGGCGUGCCCGUCGCGCGCGCCCUCAACCUGGGUGCUCGUGCGUCGGCCUCCUCUCACGACCACGGCCACGGCGGCGCUGCGGGCCCGCGCGCCGAUGCGCCCGCUCGCUGGGCUGCGACCCACUCGGUCGGGCCUUUUGGCCUCACGGCUGCGUCGAGGGUCAACGUCUCGCCCGUGUCGUCGUACCAGUCGCGCACGCUGUCGACCUCGGCCGCCCAGCUCGACGCCGCGUCCCAGAUGCCGUCCUUUUCCAAGUACACCAAGGCGACCUCGCAGGACUCGGGCCGCGCGUUCUCGUACUUUAUGGUCGGCUCGCUCGGCCUCAUCUCGGCCGCCGGCGCCAAGUCGACCGUGACCGACUUUCUCACCAACAUGAGCGCGUCGUCCGACGUCCUCGCCCUCGCCAAGGUCGAGGUCGACCUCUCGGCCAUCCCCGAGGGCAAGAACGUCAUCAUCAAGUGGCGCGGCAAGCCUGUCUUUAUCCGCCACCGCACCCAGGGCGAGAUUGACGAGGCCAACGCCGUCGACGUCAAGUCGCUGCGCGACCCGCAGACCGACUCGGACCGCGUCAAGAAGCCCGAGUGGCUCGUCAUGCUCGGCGUCUGCACCCACCUCGGCUGCGUCCCGAUUGGCGAGGCCGGCGACUACGGCGGCUGGUUCUGCCCCUGCCACGGGUCCCACUACGAUAUUUCCGGCCGCGCCCGUCGUGGUCCCGCUCCCCUCAACCUCGAGGUCCCGGAAUACUCGUUCGAUCAGGCGGACGAGAACAAGCUCGUCAUCGGCUGAGCGCCGUCGUCGUGCCGUCGUCGUGCGGGUCGAGGAGGAGGAGGGCGGGAGCCGGGAGUGGAAUCGAGUUCUGUCUUUUGCGCCGUGCGCC